GCCCGCGGCCCCGCCGGAAGGACUCCAGCGCCCGGGAGCCGGGAGGCGAACUCGGGACCCGCCUGUCCCGCUCGGUGCGCGCCUCCUCCCGGCAUGGAGCCCGCCGAGCGCUCGCGGGUCCCCAGGAUCGACCCGUACGGAUUCGAGAGGCCCGAGGACUUCGACGCCGCCGCCUACGAGGAGUUCGUGUCCGGCUACCUGGUGACGCUCGCGCGCAGGGCCGCCAAGUGGUCCCGGCUGCUGCGGGGCGGGGGCGUCCCGCGGGGCCGCGCAGAAGAGAAGUGGCGAGAGCGGAAGCUGUCAGGGGCGCGUGGGCUCUGCGGGCCUCUGGUCCAACUCAGGCGCCCUCUGUUCUCUCGGGUUUUAGUGAAGCGCUACGUCCGAAAAGGGGUCCCGCUGGAGCACCGUGCCCGCGUCUGGAUGGCGCUGAGUGGGGCCCAGGCUCAGAUGGACCAGAAUCCCGGCUACUACCACCGGCUUCUCCAGGGAGAGAGAAACCCCAGGCUGGAGGACGCCAUCCGGACAGACCUGAACCGGACCUUCCCUGACAACGUGAAGUUCCGGAAGACCACGGAGCCCUGCUUACAGAAGACCCUGUACAAUGUGCUGCUGGCAUACGGGCACCAUAACCAGGCCGUGGGCUACUGCCAGGGAAUGAAUUUUAUAGCAGGAUAUCUGAUUCUCAUCACAAAUAAUGAAGAAGAAUCUUUUUGGCUGUUAGAUGCUCUUGUUGGAAGAAUACUACCUGAUUACUACACCCCGGCCAUGCUGGGCCUAAAGACCGACCAGGAGGUGCUGGGGGAGCUGGUUCGGGCAAAGCUGCCAGCCGUGGGGGCCCUGAUGGAGCAGCUCGGCGUGCUGUGGACGCUGGUGGUGUCCCGCUGGUUCAUCUGCCUGUUUGUGGAUGUCCUGCCUGUGGAGACAGUGCUUCGGAUCUGGGACUGUCUGUUCAACGAAGGCUCGAAGAUCAUCUUCCGGGUGGCCCUGACCUUAAUUAAGCAACACCAGGAGUUUAUUUUGGAAGCCACCAGCAUUCCAGACAUUUGCGAUAAGUUUAAGCAGAUUACCAAAGGGAGUUUCGUGAUGGAGUGUCACACGUUCAUGCAGAAAAUAUUUUCAGAACCCGGAAGCUUAUCCAUGGCCACUGUCGCCAAACUCCGCGAGAGCUGCAGGGCCCGCCUGCUGGCACAGGGGUGAGAGCGCCCGGCCCUGGGUUCCGUCUCCAGGCUGACGACGAUUCCCCUUUGCAGAGUUGACACUGGACCAACUGUCACUGCUUUCCUUCUUAUCGUUGUAAAUGCUUGAUGUCACUACACUUUAGUUGUGAAUUUUUUUAAAGAGAAGUUUAAAAUCAGGUCAUUCUACCAGCUUUUGAUGAUUAGCUAUGAAGUCAUACUUUUCUAAAGAAAACUUAUUUUUACCCGAAGACAUCAAUAAUUUAUAAAAUGUGAAUGUGGGUAUCUAAUAAAGUAUGCCAACACCGGUGA